AUGUCCCGAAAAAUCACGGUCGCAGCUGCUCAAGUGGGCGCAGUUCACAAAGAUGCAUCGAAGCCAGAGACGGUCCAGAGACUGAUCAAGCUACUACACGAAGCAGCAGAAAAGAAGGUGCAAUUGGUCGUCUAUCCUGAGUGUACACUUACAACAUUCUUCCCACGGCACUUCAUCGAAUCUCGUGAAGAGCUAGAUACCUAUUUCGAACACGGCGCAGACAUUACUCAGUCUCCGGACGUCAAGCCUUUGUUUGACGAAGCGAAAGCUCAAGGAAUCGAUAUCUGUAUCGGAUAUGCGGAGCGGACACCAGACGGAAGUGGAUAUAACACUUCUGUCUAUUACUCGGCAUCUGCAGGCAAAGUGAUCAGUAAAUAUCGAAAGGUACACUUGCCUGGUCGCGUAGAACCAUUCGAGGACCCCAAUGCUACGAAUCAGUUGGAGAAGCGGUACUUCAAACCUGGAGAUCUUGGAUUCAAGGCUUUUCGAGCGCCUGGUCUGAAGACGGAUGGUAAAGGAGACCCGAUCAUGGGCAUGCUCAUAUGUAACGACAGGAGAUGGCCUGAAGCAUGGAGAGUGUACACGCUUCAAGGUGCUGAGAUCCUGAUGUUCGGAUACAACACUGGUUCCCAUAUGUCGCAUCUUUGGGGAGGCACAAGCAUGUCGCCCGAGGAGCAGGAGCAGGAGGCCCUCUUCCAUUCCAGGCUCGUGCAGCAGGCGAAUAGCUACAUGCACGCGUGCUUUUCGAUCUCUUCAGCGCGAUGCGGCGUGGAUGAUGGCAAGUACGAUUUGAUCGGCGGCAGCUCCAUCGUUAGUCCUGAAGGCCAUGUGAUUGCUGAGGCCAAGACUAAGGAGGAUGAAUUGAUUGUUGCGGAGAUUGAUGUGGCGGAAUGCAGGAAAGGCAAGGAGCGGACGUUCGAUUAUGCACGGCAUCGUCGAGUUGAAGCGUACGGCGUGAUUACAGUGCAGACGGGAAUUGUUGAGCCUGAGCUACUCUGA